GUUGCCUGCUAGUAGCUGCAUAAACCUAAGCUUAGUAUCUAGUUUUGCUCCACUGGGCCAUGCAUGCUGACACAGACAAAACCCCAGGACGGAGUCUUUGAGAACAUGUCCUACGAUGACUGGCGUACCUGCACAGCGCCUAAGAUCCAGGGCAGCUGGAACCUGCACGGGCUGCUGCCGCACAACCUGGACUUCUUUGUCAUGUUGGCGUCCAUGUCCGGCGUCAUCGGCAACCCGGGGCAGGCGAACUACGCGGCGGGCAACACCUUCCAGGACGCAUUGGCCCACUACCGCCGUCGGCUCGGGCUGGCCGCUACGACGCUGGACCUCGGUGCCGUGCGCGACGUCGGCUACCUGGCCGAGUCAAGCGAGUCCUCACGCUACUGGACCAUGAGCCACCUCAACCGGCUGACAAUCUCAGAAGCCGACAUCCACUUCCUGGUGAAGAGCGCCAUCACGGGACAUACCGCAGACGACGAGAUCACGCCCGCACAGGUCGUCUCCGGGCUGACGGGCACCGGCAUCGAGGAGCACCAGAUGCAGGGCAGCCGGUGGAUGCGCGACGGCAAGCUCGCCAUCGCGUUCAAGGCCGCCGCCGGCGCGCGCAAGGGGGCGAACAUCGAGGCAGACAUGGAGGCCCUGCUGCAGGCCGAGACGGUCACCUCGGCGGCGUCGAUCGUCGAGGGCAUCAUGGUGAAGCGCAUCGCAACGGCCCUGAUGAUGUCGGAGGAAGACAUUGGUCUUAGUGAGCCGCUGCAGGCUUACGGAGUAAACUCGCUGGUUGCUGUUGAGAUCCGGACCUGGCUCGCCAAAGAGUUCCAGGCGGAGAUUACUGUCGGUGAAAUCAGUCCGUCGCCCAUUCCGACGAUUGCUCUGAAGCUGGUUAGGACGAGCAGGCUGCUAAAGGGCAAAUUGAGGGAAGAUGGUAAAGAGGCUCCUUGAAAGCAUCGCCGCUUCUCGGUAUGUGGCCGGUGCGCUGGGCAAUCAUGGUAAUGGUAAGGCUGCUAUAUAUCAGGACAUUUUUGCUUGCGGUGAUCAUCCCGCAUCCACCUAUCUAGUGUAUACGUGAAUCCCUGCGUAUCCCAUCCCAGCUGUCCUAGCCUUCCCCAGAUCUGAUAUGGAACGGAAAGAUCGAGUGAGGACCCCAAGUGAUACGUAGCAAUAUAUCAACGCGCCUCCACC